AUGUUCCAUGGGCUACCAAGUGAAGAUCCAAUUGAUCACCUUGAUGAGUUUGAUAGGUUGUGUGAUUUGACAAAGAUCAAUGGUGUCUCUGAAGAUGCCAUCAAGCUGAGACUCUUCCCUAUGUCUCUUGCUGACAAGGCUCACCAAUGGGAGAAGAGUCUACCCCAUGGUACCAUCACCACUUGGGAUGAAUGCAAGAAGGCAUUUCUUGCUAAGUUUUUUUCAACCGGUCGCACAGUCAAGCUAAGGAGUGAGUUCUCAGGUUUCACUCAGAGGAACAAUGAGACUUUUGCUGAAGCUUGGGAAAGAUUCAAGGGUUACACAAGUCAAUGCCCUCAUCAUGGCUUCAAAAAUGAGUCUUUGCUUUCUACACUCUAUAGAGGUUGUUUGGCAAGGUAUAGAGAGAUGUUAGACACAGCCAGCAAUGAGAAUUUCCUUAAUCAGGAUGUAGAUGAUGGCUGGCAGCUUGUGGAGAAUAUAGCCAACUCAAAUGGCAGCUAUGGAGAGGAGUAUGAUCGCACAAACCGGAGCUCGACUCACUACUCGAUCGAGUCAGAUGACAAACUGAGAAAGAAAGUCAAAGCGCUGAAUGAGAAGUUGGACAAGCUAAUUCUAGCUCAAUCCACUAUGAAGAAGGUCAAUUUUGUCUCUGCUGAGGAGAUGGUCCCAAUUCAAGAAGGGGAGGAUACACAAUUUGCUGAGGUUUGUUACAUGAGCAAUGGCCAAGGAGGAUACAACAAAGGCUAUUACACCUACAAAGCCAACCCAGCCUUUUCUUACAGAAACACAUAUAUAACCAACCCUCAAGAUCAGGUUUACCCUCAACACCAGCAAGCUCGAUCGAGUCAAGCUCCUCAACAAGGAUAUGGUGCAAAAAACAACUAUCAAGGCCCUCAAGGCACUUUUCCUGGACAGCCAAUGCACAUACCACCUGGAUUUCCCCACCAACCACCCAAGCCUGCGCCUAACCAAUAG